AUGAAACGUGAAGAAAUAGUGGGUAAAAGAUUUUUAAGUGUCAGUGGUUUUGUUAAGUUAAAACAAAAUAAAAUAAGUGAAUGGGGUUGGAGAGCAGGAGUUAUAAGAGCUUCAAGUCAUAGGGAUAAUAAUAAUCCGGAGCUACAGAAAAAAGAAAUGUUUUCUCUAAAAGAAAUGACGUAA